AUGUUCGGCUUUAGACCACACCUGUCUACACAGGACGUCAUGCUGCUCAUUUUGCACACCGUAUUAGAACGGGAUACUAGAGACAUCAGGGCUGUUCUGGGGCUUGACCUCGAAAAAGCCUUUGACAACGUAACCCACCAUGACAUUCUGGACUCCAUCUCACGCCUCAACCUUGGAGAGAAGUUUCACAGCUUUCUUAGCUCCUUCCUUAAACAUAGGAAGGCCACCAUCAAACUCGGCGAUCUCAAAUCAGAGCUUUACGAGCUUGGUCCCGUUGGCACGCCACAAAGCCAGCCAUUGGAAGACAUGGUAGGAGCGCCAAAGGGGACGCGACUGUUUGUGCUGGGUGUCAGCUUGGCCGGCGUGGUCACCAGCUGCUGCAUCACGGCGCUGCUCAUGAUGUACUAUUUCGCGGAGCCCGAGUGUGGAGAGCUGCCGAACUGGGACUCUCACGGUGACCCCGCCAAACGGCAGAGCGCGUGCACCGGCGAGCCCUGCGAGGACACCAAGUGCGAACCAGCCCCUGAUAACACCACCUGCGACGGAGUGGUUCGUUCCUUCGCCGACGCGUGUCGCUGCUGCCCGGCGUGCGUCACUGUACUCGGCUUGGACGAAGACUGCUCCAAUCGCAUCAGCGACCGUCGCGAUGCUCGGCAAUGUGGCCUGGGACUUUACUGCAACAAACGCUACUGUACCUGCCAGAAGUACAUCAGGGCGCCUUGAUUUGUUCUAAUUAGCGCAACGCACUACGUGUC